UAGGAACGUAAAGGGGACUUCCUCUGGACUGGGUUUCCCCCACGUGGGUACAACAUGGCCGGGUUUGUGGACUUGAACAUCCCCCACUUGCCGGAGAAGGAGUCUUUGCAGAAGUUGGUGGAGUCCGCAGCGCAUCUUGGGUAUUCAACUGUGGCAAUUAAUUAUGUCGUUGACUAUGAAGAAAAGAAAAAGGAAGUUGUGAAACCUGUACCACCCUCCGAACUGUUUACAUCCUUGCCUCUGGUGCAGGGGAAAUCCAAGCCAAUUAAGAUUUUGUCACGGCUAACGCUGGUUGUUUCUGAUCCAUCCCAUUGCAAUAUCCUAAGAGCAACAUCUACAAACAUAAAAUUUUAUGACAUCUUCGCUGUGUUUCCUAAGAAUGGGAAGCUCUUUCAUGUCGCUUGCACAACCUUAGACGUUGACCUUGUGUGCAUCAACGUAACAGAAAAGCUUCCCUUCUACAUCAAGAGGCCCUCUGUUAAUGUGGCAAUAGAUCGAGGCAUAUACUUUGAACUUGUUUAUGUGCCUGCCAUCAAAGACUCCACAAUGAGAAGGUACACAAUUUCCAAUGCGCUCAGUCUGAUGCAGAUGUGCAGAGGAAAGAAUAUUGUCCUGUCCAGCGCAGCAGAAAAGCCUUUAUUGCUACGAGGUCCUUACGAUGUGGCUAACCUAGGGUGGCUGUUCGGCUUGUCAGAAAGCAACGCCAAGGCUGCUGUUUCUACCAAUGGUAGAGCAGUCCUGCUUCAUGGAGAAACCAGAAAGGCUGCCUGUGGAGUGGUAUAUACAGUGAAGAAACCCCGAAGUCCAGAUGAAGAUGACUCCACCCCAGCUACCAAAAAAGCCAAGAUGGCGUUGUGAUGCCCCAGAAGCUUCAGGCUCUUGAAUGAGCAACUCCGGGGCACAUUUGUCCCAUUCACGCAAUUGAAACCAUGAGGUUUUGGCAUCAGUGAGAUCAAGAGGAGUGUCUGAUUGUGGACAUUUGAGUCUACAGCUACUGUUGUGACUUUUGGGGGAGGAAGAAGGUAAUUGCUUCUCAGCUGCCUAGUGGCAAGUGGCAAAGUAACAGACUUCAAAGCAUUUAGAAGACUAUUUGCAUAGCUCCAUUCCAUUUGUAAUAAAGACCUUUUACCAAGGAA